AUGAACAAGGAGACGGAAGAUGACUUUUAUCCAUCGGAGGACGACCCGGACGAAGACGAGGCGACGCAAUACAUCAUCGAACAAAGUCUGAUUGAAUACAGGAAGCUCAAAGGAUUGAAUCCGAGCGAUCUGACAGUCGGGAAAGACCCCGAUGAGAUCUUCAAAGCAAUCAAGGAGGGGGACGAAGACGCGCUGAACAGACUGGCGGUGCAGACGGAGACUCUGUCCAGAGUCGACGAGCGAGGAUGGAUCCCGCUGCACGAGGCCUCGGCGCGCGGCGGCAGGAGGAUCCUGGAGAUCAUCUUCUCAGCAUCGCCCCCGGGUGCAGCCCAGUGUCGCACGCUGAAGGGCGAGACGCCGCUGUUCCUCGCCGUGGUUCACGGACUCCGAGAGAACGCUACGUUCCUGUUACAGAACGCCUGCAGCCCGGAUCUGCAGAACGACGAGCAGGAUUCUCCGUUAGUGGCAGCUAUUCUGAACGACCAGUACGACUUGGCCACGCUGUUGCUGCGCUACGGGGCCGCGGUCGACCAAACGGGGCCGCUGAGCAGGACCGCUCUGCACGAGUCCGCCUUUUUAGGCCUGGAGAACUUUGUGUAUCUGCUCCUGGACUCUGGUGCCGACCCGAACGCGCGUGACGUCAAGAAGAAAACGCCACUGGCUCUGGCGUCGCAGAACGGGCAUCUGAACGUGGCGGAGGUCCUGCUAGAAAAAGGAGCCCGUGUGUGGUGCGACUCAGAGUCCGGCAGCAUCCUGUUCGAUGCCGCAGCGUCGGGAAACCCCGACGUGAUCUCCUUGCUGCUGGACCACGGCGCCGAUCCCAACGCGCCUCUGUACGGCGGGCAGCUGCCGCUCCACCGCGUGGCCUACCAUGGACACAUACUGGCCCUGGAGCACCUCAUCCCGGUCACCGAGCUGGACGCCGUGAAGCAAAGCGGGAUGAGUCCUCUCCACUCCGCCGCCGCGGGGGGACACGCCCACUGCGUGGAAGCGCUCCUCAAAGCCGGCUACGACCCCAACUUCAUGCUGCACCCGAGGGUGCGCCGCGACUACGCCGACGAGCGCCGGUCGGCCCUCUUCUUCGCCGUGUCCAACAACGACCUGCAGUGCGCCCGCUUGCUGCUGGAGGCCGGGGCGAUGGUGAACCAGGACCCCGUCAACUGCCUGCAGGUGGCUCUCAGACAGGGCAACUACGAACUGAUCAACAAUCUGCUGAAGUUCGGGGCCAACGUGAACUACUACUCGCGCGUCAACACCACCCACUUCCCCUCGGCGCUGCAGCACGCCCUGAACGACGAGGUCAUGCUGAGGAUGAUCCUGAACCACGGCUACGACGUCAAGCGUUGCUUCGAAUGUCCGUACGGCGACGGCUCACACGACUACGCCCCCUGGACGACCUCGGUCACCAAGGACAUGGUGUUCUGCGAGGUGAUAACGGUGUCCUGGCUGAAGCACUUAUCGGCUCAGGUGGUGCGCAUCAUGCUGGACUACACCGACCACGUGGCCUUCUGCACCAAGCUCAAGGACACCUUGGAGGAGCAGAAACAGUGGCCGGAGAUCUGUCACCUUCAAAGAAACACACGGGGCCUGAAGCACCUGUGUCGGCUGCGGAUCCGGGAGCAUCUCAGUCGCCUGCGCUUGAGGGGUCCGGUUUUCAUCAACUACCUUCCACUUCCUCAGCGGCUGAAGGAUUACCUGCGCUACAAGGAGUUUGACGUCUACAGCAGGGGCAGCGUCGUUAGCCCGCGCUGA